UGCUUUUAUAAGCGUUUAUUUAUCUUAUCAGCGGCAAGUGGAAGUACGAUAUACAGCAGUCGUACUCGUAAACCGUACAGACCGUCAAAUUUUCAUAUCAGUAGUGGAAUUUCAUUUAACUGAUGUGAUGUCCACGUUCCUGCGCUUUUUUCUUGGAUUCUGCUUUUUGCCUUCGAAAUGGCAGCUACGUAUCAUAAACUUAAUUCUCCCAAUACCGUCCGUCGGAACCUCUGUGAACUCAGCCGAGGAAAAAAGUUAACUGGGUUGUUGCUGAUCGUGAUGGCAGUGUUUUCCCUGUAUUUUCUGAACAUCCAAACCGCGCAGCCUGACGAGCUGAUCGAUGCCACGAUCAGCGGAUUCAGCGUCAACAUCUCCGACGUCUUUGUCACUGCACUGACAUCCCCGGUAACGGUCGUCACGGCCUACUACCACGUCUCCUCCAAGAAGGAUAAGAAAGCGUACAUGCACUUCAUCCAGAAUUUCUUCCCGAAUAUACCCUGCUUCCUGUACGUCUUCACCAACGCCGAAUCAGCGGCCGAGUUGCGAGCACUCCGCACACCACAUUUGAACCGUACCCGCUUCAUGAUUAUGGAGCUGGAAGAAUUCCGGGAGUACUCCAGGAUGGAUGCGUGGCGCCGGGUGAAGAAGAUCGAUCCGGAAUCCUACCACAGUCCCGAAUUAUAUCUGGUGUGGAACGAGAAGUGGCGGUUCGUCCAACGCGCGAUCCAGGAGAAUGCCUUCCACUCUGAGUAUUUUCUGUGGUGCGAUGUGGGAUCGUUCCGCUCGCCAGAGAAUCUUCCCGUCUUGCGCGCUUUCCCGGAUCCUAAAGUAGUGGCGGCGCGGCUGACCGAUCCGAAGAAAAUAACGGUGUUGGUGUUGCGUCCGUUCGAUAGGACGGAAUAUGUCGACGAGAAGGGCUUACCCUCGGACGUCCUGAAAAAAGGACAGGUUGAUCAUAUCGGGGCGGGGAUUGUUGCGGGACAGAAGUCAGCGUGGGAGAUCUGGAUUGAGCAUUAUUACGAGAUGCAAAAGAUCUAUCUGGAGCACGGGUUGAACGCGGGGAAGGAGCAGAAUGUGAUGAACGCGGUGGUGCUGCGGUAUCCGCAGAAUGUGCAGAUGAUCACGCCGAAACCGUAUUUUGACGGACGAGGCGAUGGAUGGUUUUAUUUACAGUACUAUUUUUCUGAGAAUCUUCCCGUCUUGCGCGCUUUUCCUGAUCCAAAAGUAGUUGCGGCGCGACUGACCGCCCCGAAUAAAAUGACGGUGUUGAUGCUGCGUCCGUUUAAUGCCAGGACGGAAUACGUCGACGACCAGGGAGUACCGUCGGAGCUGCCGCAGAAAGGGCAGAGGAAUCACAUUGGUGGCGGCAUUGUCGCUGGCUCAAAGCCGGCUUGGGAGACAUGGAUUGAGCAUUAUUAUGCAAUGCAGAGGUACCUUCUAGAGCAUGGCCUGAACGCGGGGAAGGACCAGAAUGUGAUGAGUGCUGUGGCAUUGCGCUAUCCGCAGAAUUCUGAAAUUUCCUCGGGAUACAUGGUUGAACAGCCCUUAAACCGGUCGGAACGCAGCCAUACCUCGGACACCUCGUUUGACGAAAUACUCCAGAACAACGUUGACGACGUCGUUAUACCAAAUGUCCACUCCAUUCACAUGGUGCGCCUGUACAGGGAAACCCCUACGCAACACCAGCACAGUCUGUGCUGGCUGGAGUGUGUGGCGCUGCUAUCGAUUAUGCUGUACGCUCCCCAAUACACGAUUUACGUCCACACUAACUACCCGGAUUUUUGGCCGUUUGACACUUGCGAUGGAUUGAUUCAGGAUUGGAGGAGUGUUAAGCUGGUGUACAGUCGGAGAAGAUUCGUUCUGAAUGGUGUGCGCAUGAACCGGGGUGACAAGUUCAUUGCCCAUGAAGCGGAUAUUGUGAAAUACAUGUCGGUGUAUAAGUUUGGAGGAAUCGCGGUUGAUUUUGACGUUUUCUUUUUGCCCAAUGUUACCCAAUUGCUAGACAAGCUCAAGAAUGGUUACGACUGCAUCGUUUCAAAAGAGGAGGAUCAUGUCAAGAAGAUGAAUCUUGGAUUCCUUGCCUGUCAUCGCGGAGCGUCGUAUGUUGCUGAUGUUUUGCGGGCUUAUAAUACAGACUACCAUCCCGAUGCAUGGGUUUACAAUAGCGGGGAGGUUCCCUGGCGGAUACACAGCGAAAGCCCAUUGUACAAACAAACUGUUUAUGUCGACGACGAAAUUGCUAACCAUCCCGGUUGGGAGACUAUAGAACACUUUACCGGCGGUCAACUGAAGAUUAACUGGCGCAUGAAGCCGGCAUUUCAUUCGUUCCUUCAUGACUGUGCUUACAACGUUACCAAGAAACGAGAACCAGAAAAGUUUUCCGAAAUGACGGCGGCAUGUUAUAAACGGAAUUUUCCCAACACCAUCCGCCAAAUACUCUGUGAGCUGGUCCGUGGAAAGAAGCUGACUGUAUUGGUGCUGAUUGCGAUAACUAUGUUCUGCCUGUGUUUGCUCAACUUCCAAAGCGAGCCGACCGACCCGCUUCUCGCGGUAGCGCUCAGCCGAUUCCGUGCCAACAUCGCGGACGUCUUUGUGACUUCUUUGACAUCUCCGGUAACGGUCGUCACGGCCUACUACCACAUACCCUCCAAAAAGGACAAGACCACGUACAUGCAGUACAUGCGCAACUUCCUCCCGGAGAUACCCUGCUUUCUGUACAUUUUCACCGAUGCCGAAUCGGCGCCGGAAUUGCUGACCUUGCGCGCACCCCAUAUGAACCGCACACGUCUGCUGAUUAUGGAGCUGCACGAAUUCCGGGAGUACUCCAAGAUGGAUAUGUGGCGGCGUAUUAAGUGGACCGAUCCGGAGACCUACCACACGCCCGAGCUGUACCUAGUGUGGAAUGAGAAAUGGCGGUUUGUCCAACGUGCGAUACAAGAGAACGUCUUCCACUCCGAGUAUUUUCUGUGGUGCGAUGUGGGAUCGUUUCGAGCGCCGGAGCAUCUUCCCGUCUUGCGCGCUUUUCCUGAUCCAAAAGUAGUUGCGGCGCGAUUGACCGAUCCGAAGAAAAUCACGCUCUUGAUGCUGCGUCCGUUUAAUGCCAGGACGGAAUACGUCGAUGGUAACGGAGUACCGUCGGCGAUGCUGCAGAAAGGGCAAAGAAAUCACAUCGGUGGCGGCAUCGUUGCUGGCUCGAAACCGGCCUGGGAGAUAUGGUUUGAGCAUUAUUAUGCAAUGCAGAGGUACUUUCUAGAGCAUGGCCUGAACGCGGGAAAAGACCAGAAUGUGAUGAGUGCUGUAGCGCUGCGCUAUCCGCAGAACGUCCAAAUGAUCACCCCGAAGCCGUAUUUCGACGGUCGAGGAGACGAGUGGUUUUAUUUACAGUACUACUUUUCUGUGAUUGAUUGACGACUGAUGAAUCAAAAGGUUAAAGGUUAUCGUUUCGGCGCCAUAUAGUACUACCCGACCCGGACCAUAUUCGUACGUUUCAGCGGCCAGCAUAUUGUCAUUCAUUAACGACACUACCGCCAAAUCCGUUGCCGCCCCUUACCCUCAAUGUACACGAUAUUGGCCCGGUAAAAACUCGACGGCAAAAAAAAAUCCUUCAAGUGUACUCUCAAGAAAGGUUGAAUAGUGCAUGAUACUGUCAAAAAAUGCUUGAAAUAAUUUAGCACUGAACUGUGUUUUGUUGAGUGGGAUCGAUGAAUAAAACCACAUU